AUGAGAUCUCCGGCGCGGAAUCUCACUCCCGCCCCGGAUUCUCAACCUCCACCGAAUCUCACAGAGUGGGUCGUGGCUUCUGUCUCUGUUGCCCGCCGACCUCCGCGUCAGACCACCGCCAUGAAUCCUCUCACGUUGACUGUCGACUGA